AUGGUCAUCAUAAGGAUUCAUUUUCAGGGAAACACUGACUGUGGUGAUGUCGGAGAGACAUCAAGAAAACUAGGCAUGAUACUGUUCCAAAUCAUUUCCUCCCCACCACUACUUUUGGAGAAUUCAGCAGAUGAACUUGUUUCUUAUGGUCUGAUUACUACUACAUCAAGAAAAUUGGAUCGAGAGCAGCAGGCAGAGCAUUUUCUCGAGGUGACGGUCACAGAUGGAGGCAUCUCUCCCAAGCAAUCUACUGUUUGGGUGGUGGUUCAAGUUCUGGAUGAAAAUGAUAACAAGCCUCAGUUUCCAGAGAAAGUCUAUCAGAUCAAGUUGCCCGAGAGGGACCGCAAGAAAAGAGGGGAGCCAAUCUACAGAGCUUUUGCAUUUGACAAAGAUGAAGGACCGAAUGCAGAAAUUUCCUACAGCAUCGUGGAUGGAAAUGAUGAUGGGAAAUUUUUUAUUGACCCUAAAACCGGGAUGGUUUCUUCCAGAAAGCAAUUCACAGCAGGGAAUUAUGACAUCUUAACAAUAAAAGCAGUGGACAAUGGACGACCCCAGAAGUCUUCAACUGCGCGCCUCCAUAUUGAGUGGAUUAAGAAACCCAUACCCUCACCUGUAUCACUGACUUUCGAUGAGCCCUUCUACAACUUCACAGUCAUGGAAAGUGAUAGAGUGACAGAAAUUGUGGGCGUGGUCUCUGUGCAACCCGCUAACAUACCUUUGUGGUUUGAUGUAGUCGGUGGCAAGCAUGCUCGAGAGAUGUUCUAUAUUCUACAGACAGCUUGUGGGCAGAACUGUUCAACAGAAGGAGGGAAUUUCGAUAGUUCUUUCGAUGCUGAGAAGGGCGUGGGCACUAUUGUCAUUGCAAAGCCCUUGGAUGCAGAGCAGAGGUCAAUAUAUAACAUGACUGUGGAGGUCACCGAUGGAACAAAUGUUGCAACCACUCAGGUUCUUAUCAAAGUAUUGGAUAACAACGAUAAUGGCCCGGAAUUCUCUCACCCAAGUUACGAUGUCACGAUUUCGGAGGACAUCUUCCCUGAUACUGAGAUACUGCAGGUCGAAGCUAUAGACAGAGAUGAGAAACACAAGUUGAGCUACACUGUUCACAGCAGCAUUGAUUCAGUCAGCAUGAGAAAAUUCAGAAUUGACCCCAGCACGGGGGUACUAUACACUGCCGAGAGAUUAGACCAUGAAGCUCAAGAUAAGCACAUCCUUAAUGUAAUGGUUCGAGAUCAGGAGUUUCCCUAUAGAAGAAACCUGGCCAGAGUCGUCAUAAAUGUGGAAGAUUCCAAUGAUCACAGUCCCUACUUCACCAGUCCUUUGUACGAAGCCUCGGUGUAUGAAUCAGCAGCUAUUGGAUCUGCUGUUUUGCAGGUCACUGCUUUGGAUAAAGACAAAGGAGAAAACGCAGAGCUUAUCUACACUAUAGAAGCAGGAAACACUGGGAACACAUUCAAGAUCGAACCAGUUUUAGGCAUCAUCACAGUAUUGAAGGAACCGGACUUGACAACAAUGGGACAGUUUGUUUUGUCAGUCAAAGUAACUGAUCAAGGUUCACCACCACUGUCUGCAACGGCAAUUGUACGCAUUUCUGUGACCAUGUCAGAUAAUUCCCAUCCAAAGUUCACACACAAAGAAUACCAAGCAGAAGUUAAUGAAAAUGUUGAUAUUGGAACUUCAGUCAUUUUGAUCUCUGCAAUCAGUCAGUCUACAUUAGUUUAUGAGGUCAAGGAUGGGAAUGUGGAUGGAGCCUUUACUAUAAACCCAUAUUCUGGAGUCAUCACCAGUCAAAAGCCACUUGAUUAUGAACGCACUUCCUCUUACCAGCUCAUUGUUCAAGCAACUAACAUGGCAGGCAUGGCAUCAAAUACCACUGUCAGCAUUCAGAUAGUUGAUGAAAAUGAUAACCUGCCAGUUUUUCUCCUCUCCCAAUACUCAGGCAGCAUAAGUGAAGCUGCUCCUGUAAACAGUAUAGUCCGGAGCGCAGCCAACAACCCACUGGUGAUACGAGCUACGGAUGCCGACAGUAAUCAGAAUGCUUUGCUGGUCUAUCAGAUUGUUGAAUCCACUGCUAAGAAGUACUUCACUGUAGAUUCCAGCACUGGCGCGAUCAGAACAAUUGCAAAUUUAGACCAUGAAACCAUAGCCCACUUCCAUUUCCACGUGCAUGUUAGAGAUAGCGGAAAUCCACAGCUCACAGCGGAGAGUCCAGUUGAAGUUACUAUUGAAGUAACUGACAUCAAUGACAAUCCUCCAGUCUUCAGUCAGGCUGUGUUUGAGACAGUCUUGCUUCUGCCCACUUACGUUGGUGUAGAGGUUCUUAAAGUCAAGGCUACAGACCCGGAUUCAGAGGUUCCACCUGAACUAACAUACAGUCUGAUUGAAGGCAAUGUGGACCAUUUUUUGAUUGAUUCAAGUACUGGGGUACUCACCAUAAAAAAUAAUACUCUUUCCAAAGAUCAUUAUAUGCUUAUAGUAAGAGUGUCUGAUGGGAAAUUUUACAGCACUGCUAUGGUGACCAUAAUGGUAAAAGAAGCCAUGGAUAGUGGGCUCCAUUUUACACAAAGUUUUUAUUCCACAUCUAUCUCGGAGAACAGCACUAAUAUCACAAAGGUAGCUGUGAUGAAUGCUGUUGGAAACCGUCUCAAUGAGCCCUUGAAGUAUGGUAUAUUAAACCCGGGAAACAAGUUCAUGAUCAAAUCCACCUCGGGAGUCAUUGAAACAACGGGCAUCCCCUUUGACAGAGAAAAACAAGAACUAUAUGAGCUGGUCGUUGAAGCAAGUCGUGAACUAGAUCAUCUGCGUGUGGCCAGGGUGGUUGUCAGAGUUAACAUUGAGGACAUCAAUGACAAUGCUCCAGUGUUUGUAGGGCUGCCUUACUAUGCUGCUGUACAAGUUGAUGCUGAGCCCGGUACCCUAAUAUAUCGAGUGACAGCCAUUGAUAAAGAUAAGGGUGCAAAUGGUGAAGUCUCCUAUCUGUUGAAAGAAGACUAUGGGCAUUUUGAAAUUGACAGACAAACUGGUAGUGUCACUUUAAGAGAAGCCUUCAACUCUGACUUAUCUAAUAUAGAGUAUUUAGUUAUCAUCCUUGCAAAAGAUGGUGGUAAUCCUUCGUUGUCUGCUUCCGUAGAACUUCCUAUUACUAUAGUUAAUAAAGCAAUGCCUGUGUUUGACAAGCCCUUCUAUACAGCUUCUGUAAAUGAAGACAUAGAAAUGCACACCCCAAUUCUUAGCAUAAAUGCAACCAGCCCAGAGGGCCAGGGUAUCAUUUAUAUCAUUGUUGAUGGAGAUCCCUACAACCAGUUUAACAUUGACUUUGACACCGGCGUUCUGAGCGUCAUCAGCCCAUUAGACUAUGAAGUAAAUUCUGUUUUUAAGCUGACAGUACGAGCCAGUGAUGCCCUCACUGGUGCUCGGGCUGAAGUCACUGUGGACUUAAUUAUUAAUGAUGUAAAUGAUAAUCCUCCGGUUUUCGAUCACUCGGCCUAUAAUGCCACCUUAUCCGAAGCAUCUUUGAUUGGGACUCCUGUGUUGCAGGUUGUUGCUACCGACGCAGACUCAGAAAAUAACAAAAUUAUACAGUAUCAGAUUGUCCAGGACUCCUUUAACAGCACUGAUUAUUUUCACAUCGAUAGCACAAGUGGCCUAAUCCUGACAGCCCGUAUGUUGGAUCAUGAACUAUUACAGCAGUGCAGCUUAAAAGUCAGAGCAGCUGAUAAUGGAUUCCCACCACUGAGCAGUGAAGUUCUUGUUAGUAUUUAUGUGACAGAUAUGAAUGACAACCCUCCAGUUUUUAACCAGUUAAUAUAUGAAUCUUACGUGAGUGAACUGGCCCCUAGGGGUCAUUUUGUGACUUGUGUCCAAGCUUCUGAUGCUGACAGCUCUGAUUUUGACAGACUGGAGUACAGUAUCUUGUCUGGAAAUGAUCGGACCAGCUUUAUAAUGGACAGCAAGAGUGGCAUUAUAACUCUGUCUAACCAUCGGAAACAGAGGAUGGAGCCAAUGUAUAGCUUAAAUGUCUCUGUCUCGGAUGGAUUGUUCACCAGCACAGCUCAGGUGCAUAUCCGGAUCCUGGGUGCUAAUCUCUAUAGCCCCGUGUUUUCACAGAGUAUUUAUGUGGCAGAGGUUAGAGAAAAUGCUGCCCCUGGAACUAAGGUAGUCCAUGUAAAAGCGACAGAUGGAGAUUCUGGUAUAUAUGGCCAAAUAAACUACUCCAUAAUAAAUGAUUUUGCCAAGGACCGAUUCUUAAUUGAUAACAAUGGACAGAUCCUAACAACUGAGAAAUUGGACCGAGAGAACCCUUUGGAAGGGGAUAUCAGUAUAUUUUUGAGGGCCCUGGAUGGAGGUGGGAGAAUGACUUUCUGCACCGUGAGAGUGAUCGUAGUGGAUGAGAAUGACAAUAUUCCCCAGUUUAUGACAAUAGAAUACAGAGCAAGUGUCAAAGCAGAUGUUGGAAAAGGUCAUUUGGUCACCCAAGUGCAAGCAUUAGAUCCAGAUGAUGGAGCCAAUUCAAGAAUCACCUAUUCAUUGUAUAGUGAAGCCUCUGUUUCAGUGGCAGAUCUGCUUGAAAUUGAUCCUGACAAUGGAUGGAUGGUCACCAAAGGUAACUUUAACCAGCUGAAAAACACCGUUCUGUCAUUCUUCGUCAAAGCAGUUGAUGGUGGCAUUCCCAUGAAGCAUUCCCUUAUUCCUGUGUAUAUCCAUGUUUUACCUCCAGAAGCUGUUUUACCUUCCUUUUCCCAACCCCAAUAUUCUUUUACAAUACCAGAAGACACUGUCAUAGGAAGCACCCUUGACAUUUUGCAUGUUUUGCCAAGCCUGGGUGCUGUAUAUAGCACUGUCAAUGGUGAAUUAGCUGAAAACAACAAGGAAGGGAUUUUCAUCAUAGACCAAGACACUGGAAUCAUAAAGCUAGAUAAGAGACUUGACCAUGAGACAAAUCCUGCUUUUCACUUUAAAGUUGCAGCCACCAUACAGCUAGACAAAGUGGACAUUGUAUUAACUGUGGAUGUGGAGGUUAAAGUGUUGGAUGUAAAUGACAACAAGCCUGUGUUUGAAGCUGCCAACUAUGAAGCUGUAAUAAUGGAAGGGAUGCCAAUAGGGAUCAAUCUUAUCCAGGUUAAAGCAAUUGAUGCGGACUGGGGUGCAAAUGGGCAAGUCACGUAUACUCUUUCAGUGGAAUCAGAGCUGGACAAGAUCAUGGAAGCCUUCACAAUCGAUGGCAACAGUGGGUGGAUCAGCACAUUGAAGGACCUAGAUCAUGAAAAGAAUCCCACUUUUACGUUUGCAGUGGUAGCUUCAGAUCUGGGAGAAGCUUUUUCCCUCUCAUCCACCACCUUGGUCUCUGUCACUGUGACAGACAUAAAUGACAAUGCACCAAUCUUUGAACACGAGGUGUACAGAGGAUCCGUAAAAGAGAGUGACCCUCCAGGUGAAGUUGUGGCAGUUCUCAGCACAUGGGACGAAGACACGUCUGAAGUCAACCGGCAGGUUAGCUACCAUAUCACAGGAGGUAAUCCCAAAGGGAAGUUUGCCUUGGGACUGGUUCAGAAUGAAUGGAAAGUUUACGUGAAGAGACCACUAGAUCGGGAAGAACAAGACAUUUAUUUUCUGAACAUCACUGCUACCGAUGGCCUCUUUGUAACACAAGCUGCUGUGGAAGUGACGGUCACUGAUGUUAAUGAUAAUAGUCCUGUCUGUGAUCAGUUUGCAUAUGCAGCAUUAUUUCCUGAAGACAUUCCAUCAAACAAAGUCAUCCUUAAGAUCAGUGCCAAGGAUGCAGACAUCGGAUCCAAUGGUGAAAUUCGCUAUUCGCUGUUUGGACCUGGGAACAAUAAAUUUUUUUUAGAUCCAGAAAGCGGUGAGUUGAAAACCUUGGCCCUUUUAGACAGAGAGAAAAUCCCUGUGUACAACUUGAUUGCCAGGGCAACAGAUGGCGGUGGCAGGUUCUGCCAGUCAGAAAUCCACCUUUUCCUGGAGGACGUUAAUGAUAAUCCACCAAUGUUUUCUACUGAUCAUUACACCGCAUGUGUCUAUGAGAAUACAGCCACUAAAGCUUUGUUAACAAGAGUCCAGGCCACGGAUCCUGAUGUAGGUGUGAACAGAAAGGUGGUCUAUUCCCUAGCAGACUCCGCAGAUGGUUACUUCUCUGUGGAUAGGUCAUCAGGAAUCAUUAUUUUGGAGCAUCCUCUUGAUAGAGAGCUGCAGCCUUCCUAUAACAUCAGUGUAAAAGCAUCAGACCAGAGCAUUGUGUUGUCCCUGUCUUCAUUUGCCACAGUUACCAUUACAGUGCUGGAUAUUAAUGACAACCCUCCUGUGUUUGAGAGAAGAGACUACCUUGUUACAGUGCCUGAAGAUACCUCACCUGGCACCAAAGUACUGGCUGUUUUCGCAACAAGCAAAGACAUUGGUACCAAUGCAGAGAUUACCUACCUCAUCAGGUCUGGAAACGAGAAAGGGAAAUUCAGGAUCAACUCAAAGACGGGAUCCAUUUCUGUAAUUGAAGCUCUGGACUAUGAAAUGUGUAAGGAUUUUUACCUAAGAGUGGAAGCAAAAGAUGGAGGUACGCCAGCCCUAAGUGCUGUUACUACAGUGAACAUAAAUGUAACGGAUGUUAAUGACAAUGCACCAAAAUUUAAUCAAGAGGCCUACAGUGCGGUCAUCAGUGAGGAUGCUUCAGUUGGUGAUUCCGUGAUUAUGUUGAUAGCAGAAGACCAGGAUAGUCCUACCAAUGGCCAGAUUCAUUUUUCCAUAGUGAAUGGUGAUCGGGACAAUGAAUUUUCAGUUGAUCCUGUUUUGGGACUUAUAAAGGUUAAAAAGAGAUUGGACAGAGAAAGGGUGUCUGGAUAUUCACUAGUUAUUCAGGCAAGAGACAGCGGCAUCCCUCCUUUGUCAUCAUCUGUAACGGUCAACAUAGACAUUUCUGAUGUGAACGAUAAUAGCCCUGUAUUUACACCAGCCAACUAUACAGCUGUAAUUCAAGAGAAUAAACCUGUGGGCACAAGCAUUUUGCAGCUGGUAGUGACAGACAACGAUUCUUUUCACAAUGGCCCCCCAUUUACCUUCACCAUUCUGACUGGCAAUGAAGAGGAGGAAUUUAUGUUGGACCCACAUGGAGUUUUGAGAUCUGCAGUUAUCUUCAAGCACAUGGUAACAACUGAAUACAUGCUCUGUGUGCAGGCUAAAGAUUCUGGGAAGCCUCAACAGGUGUCCCACACUUACAUUCAAGUGCGAGUUAUUGAAGAAAGCAUUCACAAACCAACAGCCAUUCCACUGGAGAUUUUUAUAGUCACCAUGGAAGAUGACUUUCCAGGGGGUGUCAUUGGAAAGAUUCAUGCCACAGAUCAAGAUGUGUAUGAUGUUCUCACUUAUACCCUGAAGUCAGAGCAGAAAAGUCUGUUCAAGGUUAACAGCCACGAUGGCAAGAUCAUUGCCCUAGGAGGGCUAGAUAAUGGCAAGUACACACUGAACGUGUCAGUCAGCGAUGGCCGGUUCCAAGUGCCGAUCGAUGUUGUCGUCCACGUGGAACAGCUGAUGCAAGAAAUGCUGCAGAACACGGUCACCAUCCGAUUUGAGAACGUUUCCCCUGAAGAUUUUGUGGGGCUCCACAUGCAUGGGUUCAGGCGCACCUUGCGAAAUGCUGUGCUCUCACAGAAACAAGAUAGCCUGCACAUUAUCAGCAUUCAGCCUGUGGCAGGCACCAAUCAGCUUGACAUGCUGUUUGCAGUUCAGAUGCACACCAGUGGAUUCUAUAAGCCUGCUUAUUUGAUUCAGAAGCUUACCAAUGCAAGGAGACACUUAGAAAAUGUGAUUCGCAUCUCGGCUAUCUUGGAGAAGAAUUGUUCUGGACUGGAUUGUCAGGAGCAGCACUGUGAACAAAGCCUGUCUAUUGAUUCCCAUUCCCUGAUGACCUAUAGCACAGCACGAAUUAGUUUUGUGUGUCCCCGUUUCUACAGAAAUGUACGCUGCACAUGUAAUGGAGGGCUGUGUCCUGGGUCCAGCGAUCCCUGUAUGGAGAAGCCGUGUCCAGGGGACAUGCAGUGUGUGGGGUACGAAGCUAGUCGAAGACCAUUCAUCUGCCAGUGCCCUCCAGGGAAGCUCGGAGAAUGUUCAGGACACACUUCCCUUAGCUUUGCUGGGAAUAGUUACAUCAAAUACCGGGUUUCUGAAAAUAGCAAGAAAGAAGAAUUCAAGCUGGCUCUGCGUUUGCGAACCUUGCAAAGCAAUGGGAUUAUAAUGUACACCAGAGCAAAUCCCUGUAUAAUUCUGAAGAUCGUGGAUGGCAAAUUGUGGUUCCAGUUGGACUGUGGAAGUGGACCAGGAAUCCUGGGAAUUUCUGGCAGGACUGUUAAUGAUGGGAACUGGCACUCGGUCUUCCUGGAGCUCAAUCGGAAUUUCACAAGCUUGUCACUUGAUGACAGUUACGUGGAGCGGCGCAAAGCCCCCCUCUACUUUCAGACUCUGAGUACAGAUAGCUCGGUCUACUUUGGAGCCCUGGUGCAAGUGGAUAAUGUCCGGAGCCUGACUGACAAGAGGACAACCCAGGUCUUGAGUGGUUUUCAGGGCUGCCUGGAUUCUGUUAUCCUGAAUAACAAUGAACUGCCGCUCCAAAACAAGCGCAGCAGCUUUGCAGAAGUGGUUGGCCUGACUGAAUUAAAGCUUGGCUGCGUUCUGUACCCUGAUGCAUGUGAGAGGAAUCCUUGCCAGAACGGAGGGAGCUGUACUAGUUUGCCAUCUGGUGGUUAUCAGUGUAGUUGCCUCUCUCAAUUCACAGGAAGAAAUUGUGAAUCGGAGAUCACAGUGUGCUUUCCAAAUCCAUGUCGGAAUGGAGGGUCGUGUGACCCGAUAGGCAAUGCCUUCAUCUGCAAUUGCAAAAAUGGACUGACAGGAGUAACGUGCGAAGAUGAUGUCAACGAAUGUGAAAGAGAGGAAUGUGAAAAUGGCGGCUCCUGCAUCAACGUUUUUGGCUCGUUUCUGUGUAACUGCACUCCUGGAUAUGUGGGGCAGUAUUGUGGCCUCAGGCCUGUGGUGGUACCCAAUAUACAAGCCGGACAUUCCUACGUCGGCAAAGAAGAGCUAAUAGGAAUAGCAGUUGUCCUUUUUGUAAUCUUUGUGUUGAUCAUCCUGUUUAUAGUUUUCCGCAAGAAAGUGUUCAGGAAAAAUUACUCACGCAACAAUAUCACCCUGGUCCAGGACCCGGCUACUGCUGCUCUACUCAACAAGAGCAACGGGAUCCAGUUCAAGAACCUAAGGAACAGUGGGGACAGUCGCAAUAUCUACCAAGAGGUAGGGCCACCGCAAGUCCCUGUGAGGCCCAUGGCUUACACCCCUUGCUUCCAGAGUGACUCGCGGAACAAUUUAGACAAGAUCGUGGAUGGACUUGGAGUUGAGCAUCAGGAGAUGACGACGUUUCAUCCAGAGUCUCCUCGUAUACUAACAGCAAGGCGGGGUGUGGUGGUGUGCAGCGUGGCUCCCAACCUGCCGGCCGUGUCUCCCUGUCGAUCCGACUGUGACUCCAUCAGGAAGAGUACCUGGGAUGGCGGUACUGAAAGUAAAGAGGUUGAUGACGCUGAAGAGGUGACCUGUUUUGCAGGAAGUAAUAAAGGCAGCAACUCUGAAGUUCAGUCACUCAGCUCCUUCCAGUCAGACUCAGGUGAUGAUAAUGCUUCCAUAGUGACUGUCAUACAGCUUGUCAACAAUGUAGUUGACACUAUAGAAAAUGAAGUGUCUGUUAUGGAUCAAGGACAGAACUACAACAGAGCUUAUCAUUGGGACACCUCUGACUGGAUGCCAAGCGCUCGUUUGUCUGACAUUGAAGAAGUGCCCAAUUAUGAAACAGCAGAUGGAGGCUCGGUACAUCAUGGAAGUAACAGGGAGCUGGAAACUGAUUACUACCUUGGUGGCUAUGACAUUGACAGCGACUAUCCUCCUCCUCACGAAGAGGAGUUUUUAAGUCAGGACCAGUUACCGCCUCCGCUCCCAGAGGACUAUCCAGACCAAUAUGAAACUCUUCCGCCAUCCCAGCCAGUCUCUAUGGCUAGCACACUCAGCCCAGAUUGCAGACGGCGGCCACAGUUUCACCCUAGCCAAUACCUCCCUCCUCAUCAGCUCCCCAAUGAGAUGGACGCUGCUGGGUCUCAGACUGUGAAUGAAUUUAGUACUUUUGCUGUUGUCCCAGGCCAGAGCGUGGAAAACGUUAGUGCAGGUAAGAUGCCCUUAUCCUUACACAACUCUCUGGAUGCCUCCUCAUCUGACAUCUCAGCCAGCUGUGGCUUUGACGAUUCCGAAGUAGCCAUGAGUGACUUUGAAAGUGUGGAGGAACUCAUCCUAGAUAAUGUUCACAUUCCAUUUGUGGAGACCCAGCAUCAGACACAAGUGUAAAGGAGGCUUUUUUUUUUGGUGGUCAUUUGGUCCAAUUAACAGUAUAAAUACUGAGAAGACAUUUUGGUAAAGAUGUAUUUAUGUAUAUUGGGCAAGACAGAAAUCCAGUAUAACCUAUUAACUUGUUCAGAAAUGAUACUGUAUGUGCAGACACAAAGAGACCAGUUAUGUUAAGCUGUAUGCCACAAAAUUGUUACAGACAAUCUGGAGAAUAUAUACCAUCUAUUUAUUACCAAGAGUACACUCACAGAAUUUCUGAGGGGGGAAACAAUUUCACCUUUUAAGUUCCCUUUCUUCACCUGCUAUUUAUUUGGUAUUGUAUUAUUAAAAGUGUUACAAUCUCUCCGUGCAGUAUUAACAAACGGGAGGAUGAUUCCAAGAGGCACUGUUGCAUGAAAUUUUAGGUCAGCUAAGAAUUUGCUCAUUAAAGAGUGAAAGAAUUUGAUCAUAUGUAAAACAAUUCCAUUGGUUUUAUUAAAAAAGCAUUUAAAAGACAACUUAUCGACAUGGAUAUCUGUCCAUAAAUAAUUAUUUCUUAUAGUUUUGUUUAUAUAUCACAUCAAAUCCUAGCUUGUGCGUAUAGAGUAAGACAAAUAUAUGCAUUAUAUAUUAUACACCAAACUAGACUAGGUUGGUUGCCAUUAUUCAAACUUACUUUCAGAUGUUUGUGUAUACAUUGAAUUAUGAGACUUUCCAAAUAUUGUGACAUUUAACCCUUGCGAGUUUGACUCACUAAUGGCCAAAUUCUGCCCUUAGUUACACGCGUGUAACUCCCAGUGACUUGUGUACAGAAUGGGACCACGUAUCUGAGAACAGAACUGAACCUGAACUACAUUUUGCUGCUUUUAUUUUGGGCUUCCUUGCAGCUUUUUAACAGCAGUCAUAAUGCUGUCAUAGUCCAGGUAAAUUAGUUUUAAUGAAUUUGCAUACACAUUCUGCUAUAAUCUUAAAUUGCUAGAUCAACUACAGUUGAAAAAUGUCCUGCCCUCGAGUUUGUGGAACAGAUCCUCAGCUGGUGUAGACUGGUGUAGUCAAUGGAGGUAUGUUUAUUUACAUCAACAUCAGCUGAGUGUCUGGCCCUGUGUUCCCUCAGAACUCCCAAAUAGUAUUCACAGACUUAAAAGCACUUUUGUAUAAUACUGUAAAAUGCAAAACAACACAUCAGGUUAAUUUUUGGCAUUUCACAUUAAUCAUCCAGAGCAGGUUAAACGCAAUAUGGAAAUCUGUUUUUUCCACUCACUGCAGUAAAAAAUAUAUAUGCGCCCUUUACUCAAUGCUGUGAAAAUAUUUUUACGAGUAGUUCUACAGCAUUUGUACAUCUCUGUGGCUAUAUGUUGUACAUUGAAUAGUAGGAAGUCUUCACUUUGCAUUAAUGUUUUAUUAUCCACAUCCUUCCCUAGCAGAACUCAGUCAUUCUGAAAGUUUAUUGAAUAGGUAGAAGUUAUGGAUGAAUGGAUGCUCUAACAGGUUUUUCAUGCUGCUGCCUUAUCCUGUUUCUUGGUCAAAUAAGUUAACUGGAUCAUUUUUAGGAAGAGAGAUUCUUGACUGAACUGAAUUUUACCCAUUCGGUUGUCAUAAGUCAGUCUUAUUUCUUAUCAUACAGCUGGUGAUUAUUCAAAAGUUGCCCCAAAAGAAAACAGGUUAUUGAGAAUGUUACUUAUAUAGUUGUGUAGCUUGUGACACUUUUAAUAAAACAUGGGCUCUAAAAUGUGCAGUGUAACCUGAUAUUUCAGUGCUUCCCUCCAGGAUAUCAUAUAUCAGUAGAAGAUUGGUUUUACUUUGGAUCAUGCAACAAUUCUUCAUUAGAAAACAAUCCAGUUACAGUCUGUAGAGGUACAUAAUUAAUAAAGUGGACUUUAGGCAAGAGAAUGUACUGCACAUACAAGUAUUAUGAAGUACUUGCCUGCAUAUAAUUUGUGUUCAUUGAAUUUAUGAAUGUCACUUGGUCACCUCAAAGCAGACAUGCUUCUGUAAGAGUGAUAUGUUCUAAAUGUGUUCAUGGUACAUUUUGAUCCCCUUUCCCUCCCACUCUCCCACCAUUUUUAAGAAAAAAUACAGAUUUCAAAUAUAUCAUGAUUGCAAGGAAAAUGAGGGAUUUCCCUACAAACCAUGAAAUAGUUUGGCUAAGGCCAAGGCACAGAUUCAGUUAUGCAGCAUGACCAUGCCUUGCUUAUAAAGUUUACAUUGCAGAGAAGUGGUUGCAAGGAAUAGAUUAGUAUUACUCCAAGGAUAGGAAUAUUUGAGUUUUAACAAAUUUAAAAAGGUGCAAGUUUAGCUGUUGUGCAAUAGUUUUAAUGCUGAUAUGAAUUUCUAUGAAUUAAAUACUCUUUUAGCACAUGGCUGUGACAUACAUGGGGUUUGUUUCAAGUCAACUCUUAAUGUACUACAUUUUGAACUAUUAUGCAAUGAACUCUCUUUUUUGCCCCCAAUUAGUUAUUAAAUAUACUCACCAUCUUCAUCUGUAGAAAACAUCUUUGGGUAAUAGAUCCCUGAGACACUGGUAUCUAAGUUAUUUUCCUUAUAGGGACAUAUCAAAAGUGUCACAAAGGGAAACACAAUUGGUAACAUAGCAAUUGCCAUACCAGAAAAGACCAAUGGUUCUUACUAAGCUUGUUGCCUCAGUAAUAUCUUGUGGGCAGUGAGUUUCACUGGUAAAAUACACUAGCUUCAGUAUAUACUUCCUUUUCUGUCUUUUAAAUUUUGUUGCCAUUUCAUUUAAUCAAGCAUCAAUUUGUUAAUGUGCUAUGGAGAAGGGGAUAUAGGAGCACAUGAUUUACCUUCUCCGUACCAUUCAUGAUUUUAUAUACCUCAAUAUCUCCUCCUCUCCAAACUAAAUAGACCUCCUGUAUUCAGUCUUUCCUCAGACAGAAACCCCUCAAUUCCUAUCCCCACUUUUGUUGCCUUUCUGGUUCUCUUCCGGUUCUUUUCAAUGACCAAACUUGAAUGCAGAUCUCAAGGUGAAAACCUUCCCAAGCAUUACAGCGUGCAAUAACAUUCUCACAUUACUUUCUAUCUCCUUGUUAAUACAACUCAGCAUCUUAUUUGCUUUUUUAAUUAAUGGUGUGCUUUGGUUAACUCUGAUAUGAACCAAAUGAGUACAUAAGUAGGUAGUUUACACU